AUGACCCCGAAAAGAGGGAAACCCUUGAGGCUUUACAUUUCGGCUUCAGAAGGCUCUAUCGGUUGUCUGCUAGCCCAGAACAACGAAUCUGAGCGAGAGCAAGCAGUGCAUUAUCUGAGCCGCACCCUCAACUUGGCCGAGCUAAACUAUUCACCAAUCGAGAAAUUAUGCUUGGCACUUUAUUUCGCGGCCACCAAGUUGCGCCAUUAUAUGCUUCUUUCGGUUGUUCAGAUCAUCUCCGAGACCGACCUCAUCAAAUACAUGCUUACUCGGCCGAUCAUACGCGGCCGGAUCGGGAAGUGGACGAUGGCAUUGUUCGAAUUCACCUUCCAAUAUAUGGCCCAGAAGUCGGUCAAAGGCCAGGCAUUGGCCGAUUUCUUGGCCCACCACCCAACUCAGGGGCAAGAGGGGGAGUUGGAGGUUGAGAUCGGCAUGACCCACAUGGAGAAAAACUACUGGACCAUGUACUUCGUUGGCUCCAGUACCGAGACCAGGUCGGGGGCCGAGGUCGUGAUCGAAUCCCCCCAAGGACAAAGGUGGCAAUUUGCGUUCCAGCUUGAUUUCAAAUGCACCAAUAACCAGGCAGAAUAUGAAGCAUUCAUCAUCGGUCUUGAAAUUCUAAAAGAAAUGAAGGCGACCUGUGUCCUGGUCUACGGUGAUUCUCAGCUGAACGAGCUAUACCAAAAAGGAUCAGACGGUUUAUUGCUCCUAUGCCCCAGCACCAAAGAUAUCAAGGUUAUCAUGGCCGAAUCCCACAAAGGGAUUUGCGGCGCUCACCAGUCCGGCGUUAAGAUGAGAUGGUUGGUCCGGAGGCACGGCUAUUAUUGGCCGACCAGUUUAAAGAACUGCAUAGAAUAUGCGAAGGGGUGCAUCAAGUGUCAAAUCUACGACCUCAUACAAAAGGUACCGGCUGACGCCCUCCACCCGGUUGCUAAACCUUGGCCGUUCAUAGGAUGGGCCGUGGAUAUAAUCGGCAAAAUCUACCCGGCCGCGUCCAACCAGCACUCCUGGGUUUUGGUAGCAACUGACUAUUUCACUAAAUGGGUCGAGGCGGAGUCCUAUCGGUCCAUUUCUAGCACACAGGUGGUCAGAUUCUUCGAAAAUCACAUCGUCCACAGAUUCGGUAUACCCGAAACCAUCACGGCCGAUAACGGCCCGGUAUUCGCAUCAGCCGAGACUCAAGAAUACGCCGAAAGGAUGGGGAUCAAAUUGGUCCACUCGACGCCCUACUACCCACAGGCUAACGGACAGGCCGAGGUUGAGGUAAUCAAGGGUAUCCUCGAGAAAAUGAUUGAGGAAAAACCUAGGGCGUGGCACGACUUUCUCCCCGAGGCCCUCUGGGCUACUGGCACAUCCCCUUAUGCCUUAACCUACGGUCAUGACGUCAUCGUUCCGAUGGAGCUAAAGGUUCGGUCUCUCCGUGUGACCGAACGACCUGGGCAGGAAGAGAAGGACUAUGCGCAGGCCAUAGCUCAGGAGUUAGAAGAUUUGGAGCAAUCCAGGCUCGAUGCCUAUAACCUAAUGCAGGCAUAA